AUGCUGCUUACAGAGCUCCCGAGGCCCGCGGGGAGGGCGUCGGCGAGGGGAGCGCUGCGGAGGGAGGUGGUGCACCGGCUCGCCAGCUCGGAGUGCACGCAUAGCGAGGUGGCCGCGGUCACCGCUAACCUGAUGGAGCCUGAGCCCGAAGAAUUCCUCGACCAAGUUCUCCACGAGGUCGGCGAGGUGCGAGGCCGUUCCUCCGCCUCCGCCCGUGCCGCCGCUGCUGCCGCCGCUUCCGCCGCCGCUUCCGCAGAGGGAGGUGCCGGCGGCGAUGCUGGCAGCGGCGGCGGCGGAGGCGGGGCGACGAAGUACAGCCUUGCCGCGGCGGCCGCGUGCGAGUACGACCCCACGUUCGUCCGCCUCAACAGGACGGAACACCAGGCGGCCAUUGAAACGGUGGCCCGGAAGCGAAAGGCGGCAGCGGCUUCCUCGGCUGCCGCACCGGGGACGACAUUGCCGUGUCCCCUGGUAGGACCACCUCCUCCGGCGCACGCCACCUUCGUCCCCGUCCGCCGCGGCCUGCUGUACAGCCCCGUCGUCAUGAGCGCCGUACGGAUUGUCCUCUCCAGCUACGCCGACAAGACCCCCGGCAAGUUCUCGGACCUGCUACUUGCGAGGACGCUGCAGAUCAUCACCCUCCAGCUCCACGGCCUGCAGAAGGACCCGGAGGACCACGAGCUGCAGGGCAAAGAAAGCGGUCGCAGCAGCGGUGCCGCCGGCGGUGCAUCCGCUGUCGAUGCCAGUGGCGGCGUUGAGGAGACGAAGCGCAGCGGAAGCGGCGGCGGCCGCAGCAGAAGCAGCAGCAACAACCACGAGAGCGCUUACUUCGCUUCGGUGUUGCGGCGGCAAGAAGCAUCCGUGGGCGGAGGCGAGAGAAACAGCCUCGAUGCUUCGUGGGUGUUGACCGAAGGAGCUUCCGGCGACGGCGACGGCGACGGCGACGGCGGCGGCGGCCGCACGGUUAGCAGUGGCGGGGGGGGCGUGGCCAGCGUGUGCGAGGCGCUGGGGAGGGUGGUCCACACCCACGGCGCCCUGGGCACGCUUUUCGAGGACGGUCUCCAGUGGAUUGUGAGGGAGUUCGCCCGCCGCAGCCCCGUCUGCCGUGAGACCCUUGGCCGCCUCGGCGCCCUGCCUGAAGAGACCGUAACCGCCGCAGCUACGGUGGGCGGCGGUGCUGCCGGUGACAGGGGUGUGGCCGGUGGGGGCGGCGAAGAGGUGUCGGCGGCGGCGGCGGCGGCCGGUGGGAGGGUGGGAGGAGGGCGGAAGACGGGGGCGGCAGCACUGGCGGAAAAGAAGAAGAAGAUGCAGGCGAUGGCCAUGGAGGCCAUGCGCAAGCGGCAGGCGGAGUUCAUGAAGCACGCCGGCCUUGGGGGUCUCUCGGACGAAGAGGAGGACGACGAUGGGGGCGAGGGCGGGAACAGCAAGGCCGACGGCGGGACGGCUAGCCAGGCCGACGCUCGACGCCACGCGCCGCCUUCCAUGGAGGAAGGGUCGCCGGAGUGCAUCAUGUGCCACGAGAGGAGCGGAAGCUUGAUGGGCUACCUGGGUCUGGCGCAGAGGUCACCGGUCCUGGGCACCGGCGUCGCCGGUAACCCUCACAGGGGCCUGUUGCGGCGCCAGAUGCGCAUCGUUGGGAACUACGGUUGCCAGAUGCGGCGAGGGAUCGACGUGAGCAGCGAGAAGGUCAAGUUCUUCCCUCCGGGCGGAACGUGCGAGACGUUCGACGGGCGCAUGUCGGUGGACGUGAACCGCGCCGAGUUCUUCUGCCCGCUGUGCAAGAGCCUCAGCAACACGCUCAUCGCCCACAUCCCGCCGGUGGCCCAGGCCUCUACCCUCUCCUCCUCCAAUUCCAAUCCGACCCCGGCGCCCAACGCUACCGCUACCGGUAGUGCAAACGACUCAGAGGCGGAGCGGCACGCAGCGGAGAAGCUUAGCACGGCGGACGGGCUCGCGGAGUGGGUGUUGCUGGAGGAAGACGGUGGUGCAGGCGUUCUUGUGGGGGGGAACGGCGGCGCGGCGGCGGCAACGGCGGCGGCGGUUGUCCCCCGAGGUGAAGGCGACGACGAUGAUGACGCGAUGGAGCUCGAUGACGGGGGUGGAGGAGGCGUUGCGGCGGCGGCGGCGGCGGCGGCUGCAGAGAGAGGGAAGGGGGCGGCUGCGGCCGGGACGCUGAAGGCGCAGCAGCAGGAGGGGGAAGAAGAGAAGCGGGAACGACAAGACGAGGGUGCCGCUACUGCAGGUGGUGGCGACGGUGGUGCCCCGCCGGGUUUGGACGCGGUCGCGGGCGUGGCUCUGGACCGUCUGGCCGAGUCUCUCGAGACGGCUAGCUCUCCCCCUUGGGCACGGGAGCACCAGAAGCAGCGGAACACCGAGAAGGUCUCCCGCCUGCGACUGCUGCACCAGAUGUGGUCAGCGGCGGGUUACACCGCCGCGGCCGCGGAGGCUGCUUCGCGCGCGGAGGGGGCCGGAGGAGUGGGCGGUGGGGUAGACGGGGGGGGGUCGUCUCAUGCCCGGGAGGCGUUCCGGGGUAACGAGAGCCUUCACCUCCGAAGGCUGCUCAGAGUCGUUGAACACGGUACGUCCCUCCUCGAUCACAAUAACGACGUCGACGCCGCCGCCACGCCAGCCGUGGCAGCAUCCACAGCGGCGCUAGCCAGCGAGGGCGAGGCACCUGCAGCGGCGGCGGUGGCGGUGGCGGCGGCGGCGGCGGCGGCGGCGGCGGCGGGGCCCGUAGCCGGUGGUAACGCCGGCGCCGUGAGUGCAGCUCAGGAGCAGCUGCAGGGGGCAGCGGCGGUAUUGCCGGGCGAUGGGGACGGCCGGGAUGGGUCCUCUUCCUCCUCUCCGACAACAACAGGAGGAAGCGGAGGAGUCGUUGUGGCGGCGGCGGCGGCGCCGGUGGGCGGAGUCGUGGCAGCGAUCAAGCUGGGAAGAAUAUUCGGCGGGGCGGCCGUGGUGCCGCCACCGGAAGGCAUACGGGCUUUGGGCGGCGGCGGCGCUGGCGGGAGUACGGGGCAGAAGAAGUCCUCCUUCGUCUUGUCCCCGGAGGAGGCCACCUGGAUCCGACGGGGUCUGGAGCUGCCAAUGCAGGCUAUGGGAAACACACAACCCGAUCUCAAGGAGGCUGACAAGGGGCGCCUAGAGUCUUUCCGUCUCAGGCAGGCCUACGCGCUAAAGAGGCCCCGCCAAGCCGCCCGUGAAUGCUUCGAGGAGGCGGCGGCAGGCGGGCUAGCGUCCAAGACGAGCAGUUGGAGCGAGCGGCUGUCCCCGGAGUCGGCCUCUGCGCUGGAGAGCGUUUGGGAGCCGGACGCGGUGUGGCCCUUGAUGCAGACACCUCUUCUGUCCUGGGACCUCACCACUCUCCUCGUGGGCAGCGUGAGCAUGGCCCGAUCCUGGUCCAACAGGGCCGGGGUGGCGAGGGCCGUCUGCCUCGCGAGGCUCUGUCAAGCGCUGCUCCAGCCCGAGCUGUGCCUGCGUGGGCCGGGGGGCGCCGCGGCAGCGGCGGCGGCGGCGGCGGCGGCGGCAGCGGGGGGGGGGAGAAAGAGCGGCGGCGGGCGGCGACCGGGGUUGUCGAAGGGAACGGCGGCGGCGGCGGCGGCGGCUUCGGCGUUGGAGUUGCUGAGAGGGGUUCUGGCGGAGGCGACGGGGACGCCGGUGUCUCGGUUGGCUCCCGUCGGCAAGGAGCUGGUGUCGAUGUGCUACUCGUCCUGGGCCCCAUUCCUGCGGUGCUCUGCCCUGCUCCUCGUCGCCUCUUGCUCUACCGACAACAGCAACGAAGCUUCCGACGCCAACAAUUCUUCUUCCGCAUCCGGUGGUGCAGUUGAGGAGCUGUGCUCGGCGCUGGGAGUCCCUUCCCCGCAGGCCGUGGUUUCCUCCGGCCCCGCGAUGGGCAUGGUUCGGGCCUGGGGGAGGCAGUACAGGGAGGCGUUCGGGUCGGCUCAGCCCACGGCGGGCGUCUGCCGCAUCGGGUCAGAGAGUCUGAAUCCCUCGUUCGUGGAGGAAUGCCUUCGGCAAGCUCCUUCUCGAAGGGUAUUGGCGGCCGAUGCGGGAGGCGGGAGCAACUUGGGGGACGACGAAGACGGCGGCUGGGGGGACGGUGACGGCCUUGGCAGAAGUGGAGGCGGCGGAGGCCUGAACGAGCCUGGCAUGGGAGGAGGAGGAACGCCAGACGCCGGCGGGGGUGAUUCAAUGUCAGAUCCGGGGGACACCCACGACGGCGACAACGACGAUGCCAACAACAACCCGGCAGCCGCCGUCUUAGCAGCAGCAGCAGCAGCAGCAGACGGCGUGAAUCCUGCCGCCGCGGGGGGGGGAGCAGCAGGCGGCGUCGCGCCGGGAGGGGAAGGAAUGUUUGGCAUGAACAUGAACCUGAACAUGAAUCUCGGGGCCGAGGUGCCGUUCGACGAGGGGGGCGGAGCCGCGGAGAUGAUGGGCUUCGAUGUCCUAGAGAUCGACGGCGGGGAGUGGCUGGGUUUGCCCCCGGGCGGCGGCGGGGACGCCGCGGCGAUGAAUGCCCUCGCCGUCGCCGCUGCCGCUGCCGGCGCCGGCGCCGCUGCUGGUGCCCCCGCGCUCCCCGCGGGGGUGGCGUGGGGUGGCGACGUCGUGGGAGCGGGGGCAGGGGGUAUGAUGGAGGACUCGGAUGAUGACAGUGAUGAUGGGCAGGCGCUCGAAGACGUGGAGGAUGCCGGCAACAAUGACGGCGGAGGCUUUGACGCCAUGGAAGAAGACGAGCAGCAACAAGAACAGAACGCCGAUGACUUCGAAGUACCCUGGCCCAACAACGUCAACGGCAACGACGGCGACCAGGGCGGCUGGGCCGAAGAUUCGGACGAGGCGUGGCAAGGCGAGCCCCCGGGUGCUGGUGCUGGUGCUGGUGCUGAUGCCGAUGCCGCGGACGUUGUGAUGCCCCCCCAUGGGGCGGCGGUCCAGGCCGUCGGCGAUGCCGUAGCCUUGGCUGCACAGGUGUUGAUGCCGCACCUCGGCAGCCUCACGGGGGGGCACACCACUCCAGACCUAACGGGGAAGCCUCUGAAGGGGGUGGUGUUCGACCUCAGCCACCUCGGCGUCAGCUGCCAGGAUAACCACGACCUGGUGGAGCUGCCCGAGAGCUACACCGAGCUGUACGGCCUGGCCAAGAGCCCGCACGCUUCGGCGGCGGCGGCGGAGGGGGCUGCGGCAGGGCUAGAGACGGACCCUGCGGUGUGCCUCGUCUGCGGCCAGGUCCUCGCUGCCGGAGCGAAAGGGAUGGGGCACGUGGGAGAGUGCACCCUGCACGCGAGAGAAUGCGGGGCUGGCGUGGGCGUCUUCUUCCUGGUGCAGAGGCGAGUGGAGUCGCCGUGGUGUGUGGUGUUGCUCAUCCGAGACAGCAGGGGCGCCUACUACCCGUCCAUCUACCUCGACGAUCACGGAGAAGAGGACGCACAGCUACGACGCGGCCGCCCGUUGUUCCUUAACAAGCACCGGUAUGACUCCCUGAAGCAGCUGUACCUCCGACACAAGGUAGCCCAGGAGGUUUCGGCUAUCCGCGCCAGCUCGGAUCGGGUCAUCAGGGAGAACUACUACUAA